UUUUAAAGUUGAGACAAAUUAGGUGUAACAAAUUCAAGUAAAAUUUGAGUUUUUAUUCUUCAGUGAGUACUUAAUUGCAUAUGUCAUAUUGUAUGAUCGCUGUUGUCUUUUUUGGUUAACUUUUUCCCACCCUCCGGUGUGUACACUGAAAAAGCCACUGGGCAGAUAACAACAGAUAAAUAUAAACGUAAAUAAACAAGAGAUUCAGCCAUUAUUUUGAACUCAAACAUUACCUCUUUCAGACCCCGGCAGGAGGUAGGAUAACAAUGGCCACCUUUGUAUUCAGCUUACUGAAUACAAAUCUUGAAACAAGUUGGAAACAUGACUUGUAUGGAUAUAUACUUGUGUACAGACUUGAUUUUAUCUUUUUGUUUAAAUUAAUUUAACAUUCUUAUUUGUUUCAGUCUAAUAUAUGCGGCUGUGCUUUAUGAAAUGCAGUAUUUUAUUAGUACUUUCCUUUUUUUGCAUCCGUAUUCUAUCCAUUCAUACUCUCAUAUUUCAUUUAAUUUUGUUAUUGAUUUUUUAUCUCUUUUCUAUCAUUCAUCAUCCUCCUGUCUUCUGUCCUCAUCACGGUCGCCUACUUUGUAAAUGAUUGUUUGAUUGGAGCCUAGUUAGUGUGGUCAUUCUUUGUGCAGUCAUGCAGCUGCAAGUCAUUCGCAGGGUUUGCGGGGGGAAGUGGGACGGAGCACGAUACACUCAGACAAAGGGGAGGGGUAUUGUAGCCGCUGUGUGUGUUCGCCCUUCAAGCUCUCUUUUGACUUUGACCUUUGGAAGGCGUCACUCAUGCAGAGAGAGCAUGUGAAUGUGUGCAUGUGCUUGUGUUGUGUGUGUGUGAGAGGGAGAGAGCAAGAGAGACAGAUAAGCUGGUCGCGUUGUUUGUGGGAAAGACAAAGAACUAGAGGAAUAAUUUGUUUCCCUUCCGUCAGCACUUUUUAGCAAAUGGUGUCAUUUGAGAUAAAGGAAGAAACUGUCGGACAAGGAGAAACGUGACUGUACUCCAUGGAGGCAUUAAAUGCCACUAAGGAAGGAAAGUAAAGACAUGGGGAUUUAACUGCGUGACCAUUCGGAGAGCUGGAAUAAAAUGCCCACAUGAAACGUUCUGCAGCUUUGGUUCCAUAGUGAUUGCCUGUUUCCUGAUGGAGAACCGUGCCGGAAGACUGUGAGGAGAAGUUUUAAGAAAGAAAGAAAUAACAAGCCUAGUGGGAGACACCGAAACACACAGUGACCAUGUCCUCCAGGGACCGGCGCUCCGACCUGCACAUCAAGGCCGAGCCCAGCAGCCCGGAGGGGGGCGGCGGGGGUCUGGCCAGCCCCGGGGGGGCGUCCUCGGACUCCUCCCAGAGCGGCGGCGGGGGGAACAGCGGCGGGGGCGCCGGACGCUAUUCUCCGCCCCUUUACACCCCGCCACUGCGCUGCCACUUCAAGGACGAGGGCGUGGACGGUGUGGAGGAGGGCUCGAUGGGCAGCGGGGGCGGGCGGUGCAAGUACGCACUGAGCACGCUCCCCAAGCGGCUGUGCCUGGUUUGCGGGGACGUGGCGUCGGGCUACCACUACGGCGUGGCCUCCUGCGAGGCCUGCAAGGCCUUCUUCAAGAGGACCAUCCAGGGUAACAUAGAGUACAGCUGCCCAGCCUCCAACGAGUGCGAGAUCACCAAGAGACGCAGGAAGGCCUGCCAGGCCUGCCGCUUCACCAAGUGCCUCAAAGUGGGCAUGCUGAAGGAGGGGGUGCGUCUGGACCGCGUGAGGGGCGGGAGACAGAAGUACAAACGGCGGCCGGAGAUGGAGAACGCCACGUACCAGAGCCCCCCUUCUGCGCCGCAGAAGAAAGAGGGCGAGAGAGGCUCCUCCAACGUCAUCGUGUCCCACCUGCUGGUGGCCGAGCCGGAGAAGCUGUUCGCCAUGCCGGACCCCCUGCAGCCGGACACCGCCCUGCGCACCCUCACCACGCUCUGCGACCUGGCCGACCGCGAGCUCGUCGUCAUCAUCGGCUGGGCCAAGCACAUCCCCGGCUUCCUCUCCCUGUCCCUGGCAGACCAGAUGUCCGUCCUGCAGUCGGUGUGGCUGGAGGUCCUGGUGCUGGGCGUGGCCUUCCGCUCGCUGGGCUGCGAGGACGAAAUCGUCUUCGCCGAGGACUUCGUCCUGGACGAGGAGCUGGCCCGCCUGGCUGGGCUGACCGAGCUCAGCGCCGCCGUCAGCCAGCUGGCCCGACGGUACCGGGCCCUGCAGCUGGACCGCGAGGAGUUUGUCAUGCUCAAGGCCAUCGCUCUCACCAACUCAGAUUCGGUCUACAUCGAGGACGUGGAGGCGGUCCAGAAGCUGCGGGACAUCCUGCACCAGGCCCUGCUGGAGCUGGAGGGCCAGCGGCGGCCGGAGGACCCCCAGCGGGCGGGGCAGCUGCUCCUCACCCUGCCCCUCCUCCGGCAGACGGCCGGCCGCGCCCUCUCCACCUUCUACGGCAUCAAGACCCGCGGAGGCGUGCCCAUGCACAAGCUCUUCCUGGAGAUGCUGGAGGCCAUGAUGGACUCGCCUUAGGGAGGGGGGGGGGAGACGAAGCAAAGUGGGGGACGGGGGAGGGCGGGCGCGUCGGUUUGGGCUGUGGGAGAGAGAGGUAGCGCUUUUGUGCUUUUGGGAAAUGAGGUCUGGGUGAGAUACAGAUACUCAGAGAUGAUGGCGAUUAGGAUGGAACCAAAUUAUUUCCACACUUCUUAUGGAGAGAAACUGGCGAUGUGGGGUGAGAAGCAGGAUGAUUGCACUCAGCACAGGAAAUGAGAGCAGAGAGAGGAUGUCUGCGCAUUCAGUGAACAGAGCAGAGGGCUACAAGACAAGAUGGGGACGUGGGUACUUCAUCUUUGGAUCGUGCGGUUAGAGAUAUUGAACUUGUCCGUAUUAAAAAAGAAGCACGUUCCUAUUCUGAAAUUAAGGCCAGGAUUACUGUGUGAUGAAUGCUGUUGGGCUUGGUAUGAGUUGAAGUUUUUAUGUACUUUAGUCUGUGUUAGGAUCUCAAGGUAUUUUUUACUUGUUGAGUUCAAACCAAAAAUCUGAGUCUGAGUGUGCCAUACAGAUAAUUUAAAUAUAUAAUUUAACAAACUUCUCUUCUUAGUGUUCACGCUAACAAAUCGGUGGUAUAACCUAAUUAACAUAGCAGUGUGUGGAGGGUAUUUAGGAGCAAUGUACAACCAAAAAUGCUAAUAAUGUUUGAUUUCUCAAGAAUUGUUAAAAAGUUGAUUCAUUAUUCUUCAGGAAUGAUAUAAAUAAGUUUAACUUAGUUUAUUGGCAAAUGGUAAGGGUUGGGGGUGUUUUUUUUGUUCCAGUGUUUGUCAGGAAGGCUAGGUGGAAAAGAGGGAUUGGUAUGAGGAAGAUGGCUUCCCUGCUCCUUGGUUAUGCUCCCCUUGUACCUCCACUGAGUCAGCUGGAGCCCCAAAACCCCCAGGACAUACACCUCUGUUCUCUUUAUCGAAACAAAUUAACACAAACUCUGGCUAUCCAAGGCUGGAUACUGCCUCAAGAAGAAGCUGGUAAGCCAAGUGUACAUGCUACAGUAUGCCAAAGAACGGCUGUAGGACAAGAGUGUUUGUGCUAAUGGAUGAGAGGACAACAAUGAACCUUAACCAACCUUUGGACAAUAGUGAGGGAAAACAAGCGUUACCCCCCCAUGAGCCUACUGAGAAGCCAUAUGAAAAUGAGGAGAUGACCGACAUGGAAUGUGUGUUCUAUUGUGGAGUUCAAAGGGAGACCGUGCUCUGCAGCAACACACUACCACUACACACAUUGUGCAGCUGUGCAGGAUGGAUGGUCCAGUGUGAAGAAUUAGCUUGUUGUUCUGCUAAUCCUGAGGGGAGGUCCUGAGGUUUAUCGCAUCCUUUAGGAAUGUGAGACCGUACAGACCCCUAUAAAAUGGAAACUGAAUCCUCACCUCACCAGGUUUACAGGUGUUUUUAUUAUUUUUUUCUGCAGGUAUGAAUUUUAUUUCCUGGCCAGUUUAAAUUACACAAGUAAUGUGUAUUAAAUAUGGACAAUGACAGACAUGCACUUGGACGAACUCUGCCCAAGCAAUGCAAGAUUGCAUUGAGGAGGACACUUUAAUGUAUACUUUGCCUUCAAGAUAAAAAGCAAUAUUUGAUUAAAAAUAAUGAACGCUACUCAAAUAGCAAUGGCGAUGGACAUCCAUGCAUACAUGCACUCUGACCUGGAGCGGAGCAGCGCACGGCAAUGAAGAAUUUUUUUUUUCCCCCGGAAGCGACACGACGAGCUCGUUAAUGAUUAAUUAGACAAUUCUCUUGCAAAUGUGUAAUGCUGUUGAGAUUUUGUUGCAUUGCAGAGGAGAGACCAAAGGGAAUUCUGGCAAUGACCUAUUUUAUACAAGUCUGUAUUGGGCAAGCUGUGACUGGGUUUUCUUCAUAAGAUAGUCAGAGCGGGUUUAUUCUGUGGUAUGUAUGAGAGGGUGUGUGCAGUGGGAACUGAGGGAAACGACCACAUAAUUGAGACCGCAGUUCCAAGGCCAGUGGACACGUGAGGCCCUGAUUAAAGGGGAACUCUAAUUAAAUGUCAUAGUUUGGAAUGUUUUAUCUUGCCUUCAGACUUAAUGGUGUGGUCUGGGUUUCACAUGUUAAAACCGAAUCUUUGGUUGGUAUACGCGAACCAUAAUUUCUCUAAUGAGAAAGAAAUUGGGACAUAACGUUUCAGAGUUCUUUUUAAAUGGUGGAAUGCUGUUUAAUGGGGACAACGUUAAUUUUCUCUCUAUUUGAAGUCCAAAUAUUUCAGACAUGGCUGAAGAUUUGUAGUUUGUAGAUUAAUCUGAACUGCAGCCUUUGAGAAAAUUUUGCAUUCGGUUGACCCUGAUGAAAUCAUUUGUUCGUUGUGGGCCAUGUAUUGCAGCAUUAUCUGGCACGUUACAAAUUAGAGAUGCAUCAUUUCUGAAGGUGAUUUCAUUAUUUUUGGCUAAGUUUCCCAGUGUACAUUUCUCAGAGGUACAUAAAUUAUACACACUGCAGUGAAAUAUUUUCCUCUGGAAAAUUGGGUGACUGAAGAAAGGAAAUGAAGAAAAAAAUGUAAUUUAGUGCUCUGUAGACAUGAAAUAACUGCUUUUUGUAAUGCUGCACUCUGGCCUUCUUGCAAUAAGUCUCGCUAUAAACUCACCACCCUUUGCCAUGAAGGAAAUACGAGGAAACAUUUAAAUAUACUCUGAAGAGUUUAGUUGCACUCUUAUUUUGGCUGAAAAUGAAGAUAAAAUAGUUCAUCGAAAUAUACUGUUUGAACCCGUUUUUGUAUCUUCAGAGGAGUAUUAGGUUUGAAAUCGAUGGUCUAAUAUCAGACCCAGAAAGACUGCAGGGGUUAGAGCAAAGAUCUCUCUGAGGGCCGCCGUGUCUACUUAUGUUUGGCGUUCUCGCUCGAGUGCUUAGUUGAAGAUUUUGAUUUGCUAAAGACUCCACACAACAUUUUUUCCAAGGCCCAAACUGGCUGUUGAUUGAAAGGACACAACAAAAAACUGGUAGACACUGUGACCCUCCAAGGCUGAAUGUUGAAAUCCCUAGAUGACAAAGGGACAGGAAGUCAUUAUCACCAAGCCAUUUGCUGGUAGGUCUCAUUGCAGAGAAUCUCUGUUCAUUCUGUAUUUGUUAUUUCUGGUUGUAAAUUUUGCUCUUUUUUUUGCUGUAAUAUGCAUCACACUGUUGAAAUUCGAAAUCGGUUAAUCAGUUAAAACACUUUCGUAAGCACUCUGAUUGGAGGCUGCAGAAACUCAACACAAAUAGACUUGAUUUAUGAAGGAGGCCCUUCGCCUCCAGGGCUCGAGUCAGAAUGUUUUUAUGCGUCUCUUUCAAGCGAGAGCAGAUAAGAGGGUUUAACCGGCUUCAUUAAAAUGACUUAUGGAUUUAAUUAUGGUUCAUGUGCAGUGAAAGCUGCCCAUAAGGACCAGAGCUGAAAAGACCUAAUUUGUGGGGAAAUUUGUGGGCAGUUUCUACUUGCGCAAAUACAAAAGCCUUCCUUUUUGCUUUGACGCACUCCGUGGUUUGCCACCAUAAUUGGCAGGCUGGAACAAAAAAAGGACACGGGUCUAUACCUUGAGGUUUUAGACCACUAUAGAAAGUGCCAGUUAGGAAGUUAGUUACAGUUUCAAAUCAGUAGUUCACUGUGGUCUAAACUUUAACUCUAGGUUUAAAUCUCCUUUCAACUGCUCCAUGAAGUUUAACACUAAGAAAACAAGGGACUGUGAUUAUGCCAAGGACAAGGACAUUACAGUAAUAAGCGAACCUGCCCCCCUUCUCAUAAUAUAUUACAGGCACUUUACAAAAGAAAUCGAUUGCAAAGCUCCCCCACCCCCAAACAACCACAAUCCAAACAAUAUUAUAUAUCCUGUAUGUUUUGUUAGACUGAAGAGGAAAAAGGUUUGUCAAAGAUCAGAUUAUGUUGUGGUUCUGAACUCUUGAUUCAUACCUGACAAAAAGUUUUUUUAUUGUAUGUAGUUUAUUCACUUCACUUGUUUUGUGUAUUUUUUACUGUUAGGCCAGUCCUCAGGUUCGGUGAAUUAAAUCCUGUAAUCUGUGAUAAUGGUGUGAAUGUAAAUUGGAAAUACUAUGUUCACUGUUUUCAUUGUCCAUCUUGUAUUUUUCAUAUUGGUUUUAAAACUAACAAAGAUAUAAUUAUACCUUUAUAUAAUUAUAGUUUUACUACUGUUUUUUAAUAAGUUGAGCCAGGGAUCUACAAUUCUUAUUCUUCCAAUUAUAAUUUUUUUACCAAUUUGAUUGACUGUUUGGCAUCAACGAGCACAUCUAGAGGUUGUACUGUAUAUGAAGUGUAGCAGUCAUCAGGUACUGAACAUAGGAAUAACCUGUAUAGGAUAGGGCAGUGCUUUGCUGUUUUUUAGUUAGCAGUAAGGGUUGUGUUAAACGGUCUCGUCAACAAGACCGCAGUACUGUAGUGCAUCAGGCUAUGCUGGGAUACACUGGACAUUGAGUCUGUAUAUUUCUGUAAUGGCUUCAAAGAAUGUAAAGGGUUCGUUUUGGAAAGAAAGCCUGACACAAUACGAUUGCUCAUUGGCAAUACAAAGCAAUGCAAAAUCAAUGCAGAGUGAACAACUUGUAUGUUUCCAGGGCAACGUCUCAGUGAGAGGAAUUUACUUAAUGGGUCCUGUGUACAUUGAAAUGUGGUUCUAACAUUUUGCAUCAACAGACAGUGGUAAUAAUUUCAUUAAUUGGAGUACUCUUAAUGUUACCCAUCACAUUGUGGCAUUUUGCCUGAAUUUGAGGAUGAUGAGAACCAGCACAUAAUUUAUAAGGGAUAUAAGGUGGCAACAGCUUAUUUAUCAUUGUUUUUACACUGUGUGGGUGUUAAGGAGCAAUAUGAGCAAUAACCAAAAUCUACAUUUAUUUAAUUUAAAAAAAAACAUUUACUGUAUAGCCAUGUAAAUGUAAAGUCAACCUUAAUAUUUGAAAAAUGGUAAUAAUAUAGAAAGGCGAUUGAGAGAAUUAUAUUUCAGCAAUUGUAUUUAAAUAUUAAAUUCUAUUUUCAUUAUAAUUUAACAUACUGAGAAUGAUUGUGUGUAUUGUUAUUGACACCUAUUUUGUGUGUUUUUGUGUGUGUGUGCGUGUGCACUGUCAGUUGGCUCAAAUGGUUCUUACAGUACUGUCAGAACAAUUUGCUGCUCAAUUCAAAAUGACUAGGAAUUUUCAAAAUAGAAUUUCUUUUGACCCAUUACUGUUUUGUGUUUUGUAAUAAAAUGACAUCACAUUGUG